AGAGAGAGAGAGAGAGAGAGAUUGGAAUCGGUGUGGGUCUUCUUCUUCGUUUUAGGGUUUCAGAUUUUUCAAGAGGGCUGUGAGGAUGAGUGACCGGUUGACCGGAACGGUGAAGUGGUUCAAUGACCAGAAGGGGUUCGGCUUCAUCACCCCGGAGAACGGCGGCGAAGAUCUCUUCGUCCACCAGUCCUCGAUCCGAACCGAAGGCUUCCGCACUCUCGGCGACGGCGAGUCCGUCGAGUUCCAGAUCGAGACCGACAACGACGGCCGCACCAAGGCCGUUGAUGUCACCGGUCCCGAGGAGGGCCCCGUCCAGGGGAGAGGAUCCGGAGGCGGAGGAGGUCGCGGCGGCGGUGGAGGACGUGGCGGUGGAAGAGGCGGCCGCGGAGGCGGGAGCUAUGGAGGCGGUGGUGGAUAUGGAGGUGGCGGCGGCUAUGGAGGCGGCAGCGGUGGUUAUGGUGGUGGCAGUGGAGGCGGUGGGAACUGCUUCAAGUGUGGUGAGGCUGGACACAUUGCGAGGGACUGCUCUGAGGGAGGUGGGAGCUAUGGAGGCGGCGGCCGUGGCGGAGGUGGCUAUGGAGGCAGUGGAGGCGGUGGGAGGUACUCUGGUGGAGGAGGCGGCGGCGGUGCUUCUGGCGGCUGCUAUCAGUGUGGUGAAUCUGGUCAUUUCGCAAGGGAGUGCCCCAACAGAGGUUGAAUCUGUCUCUGUGGGUAAUAUGGUCAUUUCUUUAAUUUAGGUCUAUUUUUACUAUCUGCUGUGUCGUUUUAGGGUCCGGGGUUCUAUGAAUGUUGGCUCCUUUUCAAGUAUGGGUUUGCCCUUCUCACGUUAGUGUGUGUGGGUUGCUUUUGUGGGUCAGCAUCUUUUGUUUCAAGAAGAAAAAAAACAAGAAUGGUUAUGAAUUUGAGUCGGGUUUGAUGUAUUAUCUUUCGAAUUUUAAGUCGGUGAUAUUUAGGUCGGUCAUGUGAGCAGGAUGUGGAUUAUGCUUUGUGGUUUGAUGGAUGAUUUCAUACACAUUAAUAUACUCUGCUCUUAGUUAAAUGGGUUUUGAUAUUCGGAAUUAAUUUAUGUUUGAUGCCUUGUGUGAUCAUGGAUGCCUUUGUUCAUCAUAGUGGUUUUGAUGUUUGAAUUAUAUAAUGUUUGAUGCCUUGCAUUAU